AUAACUUACAAUAAAAAAUUGUGUGAAGCUAUUCAAUAGUUAAUUAGUUUGAGAAAAGUUAUUAACUUUGAAACAUAUUAAUUAAAAUAACUUAUUAAAUAUCAAUUUUCAUAAUAAUGUCUCUGAAAAUGCCAACCAAAAGUCCAUUUAUAACUAUUAGUGAUAACUUCGAUGGCUAUCCAUUGGAAUCGUUUAAUAUUAAUCCAUAUUUAGCGACAAACUUGGAUCGAGUUCUGAUUCCUGGAGGUUUCAUUCAAGACAGAAUUGAAAGGCUUGCGUGUGAUAUUGCCAUUGAUUUAGCCGACGAACCAUUUGUGGCGUUAUGUGUACUAAAAGGCGGUUAUGUUUUCUUUAAUGAUUUGUUGGACAAAAUCAGACACUUUUAUCGAUAUCGUUAUGCAUCGCAAACACCAAACGAAACGACUGAUUUGGCACAACAAAUGAAAGUUGAAUUUAUUAGACUUAAAAGUUAUGAAAACGAGAGAUCAACAUCUGAUCUCAAAGUUAUUGGUAUUGAAUCACUGGAAUCGCUUAGAGGAAAGAAUGUAUUAAUAGUGGAGGACAUCAUCGAUACGGGAAAAACAAUGGUUAGACUUCUGGAACUACUUAAGGGAUAUAAUCUAAAAACAAUACGUGUGACCAGUCUUUUCGUCAAACGAACACCACUUAGCAAUGGAUACACACCUGACUACGUCGGAUUCAAUAUUCCCAAUAAAUUUAUCGUUGGGUGUAAUAUGGAUUAUAACGAGUACUUUCGUGAUCUUAAUCAUGUCUGUGUUAUGUCGGAAAUUGGGAAACAAAAGUAUUCAUUUAAAAAACAUUAAUUAAACACAUGUUAGCAAUAAAUAAAGCAAUUAAACAGUUUCUUCAAAAUAUCUAAGAUCUACAUUUUAUAAUAUUUUUUGUUGAUUAUAAAAAUAACUUAUAUUAUGUAAUUAUCAAAUAGUUUGGUAUAUUAUAUAUACCGUAUAUAAACAUUUGACUGAUAACAAA